AUGGGUAAAUCAAAGAAAAGAUCCAGAGCCUCCAAAGCCCGUCUAAAUCCUCUGGCUAACAACAAUGAUAAAGGUGCUUUAAAUAAAAAAGAUGCUAAUUUAGUCACCAAGAAGAUCCAACCAUUAUUAAAUCAAUUGAAAAGUUCAGUACCAAAUGAUAGAAAUAUGGCAUUGAAUAGUGUCACUGUUCUUUGUGAAGAUCCACAUAUGAGAGGGUUAUUCUUGAAAGAGAAAUUAAUUCAAACUAUAUUAACUAAUUUGUUAACUGAUGAGAAUAUUGAAAUUGUAGUGGAAUCAUAUGGGUUGUUAAGAAAUUUAGCAUUAGAGGAAGGUUAUGACGUUUCAAUGUAUCUAUGGAGAUCAGAUAUUUGGAAAAGUAUUACUCUUGGGUUUGAAAAAAUAGUUACAUCAUUGAAUGUGAUGGUGUCUCCUUCAAAUGAUAAUACGAAAAGCUUCGGUGAAUCUAAGAGAUUAUUAUUUGAUUUUAUUGACAAUUUAUUAUCGUUAGUCAUCGCAUUAUCUAAUGGUUCCAAUAGUAUCUUGGAUGAUAUCCUAAGCACUGAGAAAACUUCACAACUAUUUCAACUUAUAAUAGAAAUUUUAAAAUUCGGUCAUAACAAGAAUAACUUACCCACAAAAGUUUUCAAUCAAAUCCUUGAUUUCAUUUAUGAUUUCAGUUCAGAAUCCUUUGAAUUUAUCGAUGCCGUUAAGGAAAAUGAACCAAUCAUGUCAUGGCUUACAUCAUUAUUCACCAAUCCAGAAUCAUUAAAUGGUGAUGUUCUAACAGAAACAUUAAUUAAGGGUAUUUUUUUACAAUUUCAAGAUGACAAUUUGACCAUAUCACAAUGUGAACAACUUCUUUCUAGUUUGAUUAAAACGACACAAGAGACUUCAUUAUCAUUGGAAAAGAUUGAAAGAGAUUUAUCAGUUACUAUUGAAGAUGAAGAACUAAUUAAACAAAGUAAUAAUAUUGCCAACACGGGAGAAAAAUUAAAAGAUUAUACGAAGAGACGUUCAUUAGCACAAAUAAAAUUACAACAUAUUGAAAUAUCAUUAGAUAUUAUUACUGGUACUAUUGAAAGUGCAGCAAUAAUAAUGACGUCGAAUAAUAAUACAACAGAAGACUUCAAUGGGAUCAAUAACUUGUUGUUGGAUCCUACGAUGAUUCCUCAAUUACUUUUAAGGUUAUUUGAUGCAUUUACAGCGAGAUGUCUUAUCAUUUGGAAUAAUUUGUUAUGGUAUGCGUUAGAUGCAGGAUUUGGUGUGGAAUUAGUGACAUUACCGGAGUAUAAACUAAUUUGGGACUCCAUUUUCAAAUUAAAUGAUGAAGAAUUUAUUAAUAAAGACAUUGGUGUAUUGAUUGGGAAAUAUAGUACUAUUUGGGUAUUCUUAAAGAUUAUUAUGACUAUUGCUAAUAAGGAUGAAAGUAAUCAAUUACUUCAAAAUGUUGGUUUACUUAAUAAUAGUAAUUUUAUUACAGGAUUACAAAAUAAAUUAAUUAUUACUACUUCAGGAACUGCUGAUAAUGGUAAUGCCAAUGAGGAUUUAGAAUUGAAGCAAAAAUAUGUUUCUGUUUUAAAUUGUCUUGCAAUGAUACCUGGUCAAGAUGUUAAGAUUAAUCAACAAAUUGGGCAAUUUUUCUUGGAACAAAUGAAUUCUGAGAAUACUGUGGUAUCGACCACUAUUGAUAUAUUCAGUUCAUUUUGUGAGAUAUAUUCUGAUGGCAAUUUUGAAUAUGAUGAAACAGUUUUUGUUCAAGGUGGAUUUUUACAAAUAUUAAAGGAUAAAAUAAUGCCCGUAUUCAAAUCAAGAUUUAAAUUGGUUGAUAAAAAUAAAGAACCGGAGUUGAAAGAGAGAUGUAGGGAAGCUUUUAAUACGUUAGAAAGAUUUAUUCAAUAUAAAGAAACUGAAAGAUCAUGA